GGCUCGGAGCGGCGCCGGGGGCUCUUCGCUUGUUACCGCGGCCGCCAUGAGGUCCGUGUGGGGGCUCGCUCUGGUGUGCGUGCUGCUCCUGGCCGCGUCGGUCAGAGCCGAGGAGGUGGAUGUAGAUGGGACCGUGGAAGAUGACUUGGGCAAAAGCAGAGAAGGGUCUCGAACGGAUGAUGAAGUUGUGCAGAGAGAGGAAGAAGCUAUUCAAUUAGAUGGCCUAAAUGCAUCCCAGAUCAAAGAAAUCAGAGAAAAAUCUGAGAAGUUUGCAUUUCAAGCAGAAGUGAACAGGAUGAUGAAGCUAAUUAUCAAUUCUUUAUAUAAAAAUAAAGAGAUUUUCCUAAGGGAGCUUAUUUCAAAUGCUUCGGAUGCCUUAGAUAAGAUACGGUUGAUAUCCUUAACUGAUGAAAAUGCCCUGGCUGGUAAUGAGGAACUUACAGUCAAAAUCAAGUGUGAUAAAGAGAAGAACAUGCUUCACGUUACAGAUACGGGUAUUGGCAUGACAAAGGAAGAAUUGGUCAAAAAUCUGGGUACCAUUGCAAAGUCUGGUACAAGUGAAUUCUUAAACAAGAUGACUGAAAUGCAGGAUGAUAGCCAGUCAACAUCUGAGUUAAUUGGCCAGUUUGGUGUUGGCUUUUAUUCUGCUUUCUUAGUAGCAGACAGAGUUAUUGUCACAUCGAAACACAACAAUGACACUCAACAUAUUUGGGAGUCAGAUUCAAAUGAGUUCUCUGUGAUUGAUGACCCAAGAGGGAACACUUUGGGACGUGGCACAACCAUAACCCUUGUCUUGAAGGAGGAAGCAUCUGAUUAUCUUGAACUGGAUACUGUGAAAAAUCUUGUAAAGAAAUACUCGCAGUUCAUAAACUUCCCCAUCUAUGUGUGGAGCAGCAAGACAGAGACUGUUGAGGAACCCAUUGAAGAGGAGGAAGCAAAGGAGAAAGAAGAAACAGAUGAUGAUGAAGCUGCAGUUGAAGAAGAGGAGGAAGAAAAGAAACCAAAAACUAAGAAGGUUGAAAAGACUGUCUGGGAUUGGGAGCUAAUGAAUGACAUAAAACCAAUCUGGCAGAGACCAUCGAAAGAAGUUGAAGAAGAUGAAUACAAAGCUUUCUACAAAACCUUUUCCAAGGAACAUGAUGACCCAAUGGCAUACAUCCACUUCACUGCUGAAGGGGAAGUAACUUUCAAAUCCAUCUUGUUUGUACCUAACUCUGCUCCACGUGGACUGUUUGAUGAAUAUGGAUCCAAAAAAAGUGAUUUCAUUAAGCUGUACGUUCGAAGAGUCUUCAUCACUGAUGACUUCCAUGACAUGAUGCCCAAAUAUCUUAACUUUGUUAAGGGUGUUGUGGAUUCUGAUGACCUUCCUUUGAAUGUAUCCCGUGAAACACUUCAGCAGCAUAAAUUGUUAAAGGUGAUCAGAAAGAAACUUGUUCGCAAGACUCUUGAUAUGAUCAAGAAAAUUGCAGAGGAAAAAUACAACGACACGUUCUGGAAAGAGUUUGGUACUAACGUAAAGCUUGGUGUUAUUGAGGAUCACUCCAAUCGUACACGACUGGCUAAACUUCUUCGCUUCCAGUCCUCUCAUCAUGAGAGUAACCUCACAAGCCUUGAUCAGUAUGUGGAAAGAAUGAAAGAGAAACAAGAUAAAAUUUACUUCAUGGCAGGUGCCAGUAGAAAGGAGGCUGAGUCCUCACCAUUCGUUGAACGUCUGCUGAAAAAGGGCUAUGAAGUGAUCUACCUGACUGAACCUGUAGAUGAGUAUUGCAUUCAGGCUUUGCCAGAGUUUGAUGGCAAGAGGUUUCAGAAUGUAGCAAAAGAAGGAGUGAAGUUUGAAGAAAGUGAAAAGUCUAAGGAGAGUCGGGAAGCUUUGGAAAAGGAAUUUGAACCGCUUCUAAACUGGAUGAAAGACAAAGCUCUAAAAGACAAGAUUGAAAAAGCUGUGCUAUCUCAGCGUUUAACGCAGUCUCCAUGUGCUCUUGUGGCCAGUCAGUAUGGAUGGUCUGGUAACAUGGAAAGAAUCAUGAAGGCUCAAGCUUACCAAACUGGGAAGGAUAUAUCUACAAAUUACUAUGCUAGCCAAAAGAAGACAUUUGAAAUUAAUCCCAGGCAUCCACUGAUCAAGGACAUGCUCAGGCGAGUCAAGGAAAAUGAAGAUGACAAAACUGUCUCAGAUCUUGCAGUGGUAUUGUUUGAAACUGCAACUUUGAGAUCAGGAUAUAUGUUGCCAGACACUAAGGAGUAUGGAGACCGAAUAGAAAGAAUGCUUCGUUUGAGUUUAAAUAUUGACCUGGAUGCAAAGGUGGAAGAGGAACCUGAAGAGCCUGAAGAUGCAGCUGAGGAGGCAGAGCAGGAUGAAGAGGAAGUGGAUGCUGAUGCUGAGGACAGUGAGACACAGAAGGAAUCCACAGAUGUGAAAGAUGAACUGUAAACUACACUCAACUACUGUCCUGCAUUGGGGGGUUAGGAGGGAAUGUGAAUUAGAUUGUUUUGGUUUUUUUCACUGUAAAAUGUUGAGGGAUGAUGUGGGGUUUAAGGGUAAAGGAGGGGGUUUUUUAAGUUCACUUUUCUAAAAACAUUCCUCAUGAAUGUAAAUUUGUAUUAUUUAACUGACUUGGUGUAAAAUCUUGUCAUGUACAAAAUAAAAUGUUCCCAAACA